AUGCCGCAGCUCGAGAACUCUUCCUACCUGCUGGCUGCAUUGACGGCCGGUGGUGGUAUCAUGGGUUACGUCAAAAGUCGAUCAGUGCCUUCCCUCAUCGCCGGAACUGCCGUCGGCGUACUCUAUGGACUUGGCGGCUACCGCAUCCAGAAUCGGCAGCCUUACGGUGUUGAGCUGAGCCUCUUGGCCUCGGUUGUCCUGGGAGGAUCAGCGAUUCCACGAGCCAUUCGUUUGCGAAAACCCGUGCCGGUUUUACUCAGUGCUCUGUCGGUCUUUGGCUUGGUCACCUUUGGCAAAGCUUAUCAACAGAGGUAG